GAGUCCGCUGAUGUUUCAGGCAAGGAACAAAUGGCUGUAGUUUUGCGGUAUGUCGACGAGUUCGGAGCAGUCCAAGAAAGACUUAUUGGUGUUGUUCAUGUGAAUGAGACAUCUGCUUCAUGUCUCAAAUCCGGCAUUGAUCAGUUGUUCAAGAAGUAUGGAUUGAACGUAAAACAAGUUCGAGGCCAAGGGUACGACGGGGCUAGCAACAUGAGAGGUGAGUUCAAUGGCUUGAGAGCUUUGAUCAUGAGGGAGAAUAGCUCAGCAUAUUAUGUUCACUGCUUCGCUCACCAACUCCAGUUAGUCAUUGUGGCAGUAGCUAAAAAGAAUGAUGAUGUUAGUGACUUCUUUGACAUGAUAGCCCUUCUGCUUAAUGUGGCCGGAGCUUCUUGUAAACGAAAAGACUUGAUUAGGGAGAGUCAGCAAGAAAGAGUGAAGAAAGGUAUUGGUUGUGGACAACUUAGUACUGGAACGGGAUUAAAUCAAGAGCUAUCACUUCAAAGAGCUGGAGACACUCGUUGGGGUUCUCACUAUAAAACUCUUCGGAGCAUACUUAACUUGUUCCCAGAUGUUAUUGAAGUACUCAAGUAUGUUGAAAAAGAUGGGCCAAGUGAUGCAAAGAAGCGUCAAGCUCGUGGUCUUUUAGAUUAUGUUACUGAUUUUGACUUCGUGUUUCAUCUACACUUGAUGUUUCUUAUCUUGGGACAUGCAAAUGCUUUAUCUCUAUCUUUACAGAGGAAAGAUAAGGACAUCUUGGAGGCUAUGGUAGAGGUGAAGUUAACCAAGCAAAAAUUUCAGAAAAUCAGAGAUGACGGUUGGGAGUCUCUAUUGGAGAGAACUCACUCAUUUUGUGAGCUGUAUGAUAUUCCUAAGUUGGAUAUGGAAGAAGAGUAUAUAGACCGGCAUAAACCAAGGAAAAAAACCAACCGCACUAACUAUCAGCACUACAGAUAUGAUUGCCUCAACCCUGUUAUUGACUUGCAGCUUGCAGAGUUCAAUGAUCGUUUUAAUGAAGUAAAUUCGAGCCUUCUUACCCGAAUGGCUGCAUUCUGUCCAAAAGAUUCCUUUGAAGCUUUCGAUGUUGAGAGCUUAGUUGAUUUGGCUAAGUCCUAUCCAGAUGAUUUUGAUUCUAUCCAGUUGAAGGAACUUGCUCAUGAGCUUCCUUUCUACAUUGAUAAUGUGCGAGCAGACGAAAGAUUUACAGGCCUGAAAACUAUUUCUGAACUUGGUAAGCUGAUGGUUAGUACAAAUAAGCAUCUUGCUUUUCCUUUGGUCUAUCAGCUCCUGAAGCUAGUAUUAGUGCUGCCUGUCGCAACUGCAUCAGUGGAGAGAUGUUUCUCUGGAAUGAAAAUAGUGAAGACUGUGCUACGUAAUCGCAUUGGUGAUGAUUUCAUGAACUACUGCAUCAUUUGUUUCUUGGAGCAAAGACUUCUAUAUUCAACUUCACGUAAGGAUGUAAUAGAUUACUUUUUGAAGAUGAAAGAACGUAGAGGUCAAGAAAAAUAGAGAGGUAACUACUUUUGUAAUCAGUUUUAGGAUACAUUCGCAACUAUUAUUAUUUUUAUUUAUGUCAGGUUACUAAAAAAACAUUAUAGACAUGUUA